AUGCGGAAUGAAGAAGGUAAAUCUGUACGUAAUCAGUAUAUUGUAAUUGGUAAACAAAUGAAAAGUUACGAAGAACAAUUGUAUAAACAUUGGAUGGCUCAUAUAGAACAGUCAUUUGAUCAAUAUCUGAGUCAAAACCUAUUAAAACGGCAAGAUGUAAUGAAAACGUUAGUUAGUUCAAGAUUACCUUCUUUGCACGCAAGUCGUUUAAGUAUAAACUCUUCAAAAAGUGAACAAAAUUCAAGCGAAUCUAGUAAAAUCGCUACGGAGUUUGCCAAAUAUGAAUUGUUAGUCAAUUUUCAUCCAGAUAUUUUGGUGGCAAUCACGGAAGCCAAACACCUAGAGGCGCUAGGUUUCAAAAUACCAGAGCUUGUAACUAAUGCUGUGCUUAAAGAAUCAAAUUAUUUGUGUUAUGUGGGGAAGUUAAAACUUUUGGUAAAACAAUGUCACCAGUUAUUUUUACAACUUGAUCCUGUUGAAUUAACUAUACUCGAACCAUAUGUAAUCAAUUUGAGAACGAUUAUGAAACCUGGAUGGGAUAUAAUAAAUUGGAAAAGUCUUAGUAUAUCUGAGUUUAUCACUAAGGUGGAAGAAGAACUGAAUCGAUUUACUUCAUUAUGUAAUUUAUGCAAAAAGACAGCUGGAGACAUUGAAAUGCGUUUGGAAGCGAUUGGAUCAGCUGACUUAUUUCCAACACCAAAAUGGAUAGAUGAAUAUCAAAAGACAGCCAUGGGAGGAUUUUUCACUUGCAAGGAUUACUUCGCUCUCACAGUUACUGAAAGACAGAAACAAUUUGAAGAAUUACGCAUGCAGCAUACAUCUUUGACACCUUUGAUUAUAAAACUUGAGAGUGCAAUAACUCAACAAAAUACAGGAAAAAGUAAAACAAUGGCUCCUUAUUUUGAAUACUGGGAAAAGAAGCUGUUUGACCAGAUUUACGCGAUGGUGAUUAGGAAUCUUCAAACAUAUUUGAAUCGUAUUUCUCGUCCACAACAACCAUUGUUUGCAGUUGAUCUUAUGUUAGCUGGCACAGAUGUAGUUGGUAAUCCACAACCAGCAGAACUCUAUCGACUAGUUAUUCAAGAAUUACGCGAUGCCAUCGAAUCAACACGUGUAUUUGUCAGAUGGUCUCGUGGUUCAUGUGUAACUGCUCCGGGAGUUAAAGUUGAUAGCAGUGAAGAUUUGUAUUAUUUUACAUUUUACGAAGAAAUUGCAAACUCUAGUGAAAUAGCUGAUUUGGUUCAACAAAUUGCUAAAGCUUACACAAAUACAGUUGAAAAGGUAAAACGAUUUCAAGAUAGCUGGCGUAAACACAAAGGGAAAUUUGUUGCAAACAAGUUAGCUCAAGUUGAAAAGUGGAUGGAGACUCCACGUACCGCAAUCGAAAUUCAUGAAAAAAUUUUAGAUAUGAAUACGAAAUUUGAUGACCUAUGUGAAACACCGGAAUUAAUUAAUAUUGGAUGUAUACAAUUACGACUAAAAAGUUUAAUUCACAAUAUACAAGAACAUAAUAAAAAGUGGACAAAAGCCUAUGGGAAACAGUUACAUGAUACAGGAAAAGAAAUAUUAAUAAAUUUAGAUGAAGAAUUUAAACAUCGACUUGAAGAUCUAGAAGAUGUACCAACAACUAUGACUGAAUUAAAAGAUGUCUUAAGAACAAUUUAUGAAGUAAGAUCAUCAUCACUAGAAAUCGAAGAGAAGUUAGUCGAUGUUGAAGAACGCUAUCGUUUACUGAACUAUCAUUCUUUACCUGUAACAGAAAAUGAAAUGGAGUUGGUGAAGAAUUUGAGACCUACCUGGUUGGAGUUACUAAAGUCUGCAAGUCAUAAAGAGCGUACAUUGGCUCGAGUUAAAGGCAAAUUUGCUAAACUCACCUCAGAAGAUAUUGAAAACUUUAAUCGUACAGUUGUUGACUUUGAAAAACGCUUUAAUGAAUGUGGUCCCGGUACAAUGUUAGAUGAUUUGGAUUCAGCAGUAGCAUCUGCAAAAGAAUACAAUGAACAGCUGAAUGAAAUCGAUGGUAAACGCAAAGAACUUGCUUCAGCAGAAAAACUUUUCAAUCUACCAUUAACUCAAUAUCCUCAAAUCCUUAAUAUUCAGAAAGAAUUAAAUGGAUUAGAUCAGUUAUUCAGUAUUUAUUUAGGACAAAAGCAAGCUCGUGAAGAAUGGUCACAAAUACUCUGGAGAGAUUUAAAUAUAACAGUUUUACAAAAUGGCAUUGAGAAGUACCUGAAAGAUUUACGUAAUUUACCAAAACAUGUCAGAACUUUACCUGUUGGACGCGUAAUAUUUGAACAGAUUCGUACAUUUCGUGAUUCACUUCCCUUAUUUUUGGAUUUAAAAAAUGAAGCUCUGCGAGAAAGACAUUGGAAUGAAUUAAUGAGGAGAACAGGACAGACAUUCGAUAUCAAUCCAGAUACAUUUACAUUAGCAAAUAUUUUCGCUAUGGAGCUACACCGAUUCUCAGACCAAAUAUCUGAAAUUGUUGCAUUUGCAAUUAAAGAAUUAAGUAUUGAAAAGGGUGUCAAAGAAGUGGAAGAAACAUGGCAAAGUCUUAACUUUAAUGUUAUUAAUUAUGUAAAAUCAGGUCAAAAUAGAGGCUAUGUUUUAGGUGCACUAGAUGAUGUGAUACAAAUACUCGAAGAUAAUUCAAUGAAUUUACAAUCAAUGGCAUCAAGUAAAUUUAUUGGUCCAUUUCUAUCGACUGUACAAUUGUGGGAGAAAAAUUUAAGUAUAAUCAGUGAAAUAAUUGAAGUUUGGUUAGUUGUACAACGUAAAUGGAUGUAUCUAGAAGGGAUAUUUGUUGGUGGUGAUAUUCGCUCUCAGUUACCUGAAGAAGCAACUAAAUUUGAUAAUAUUGAUAAAAUCUUUAAAAAGAUCAUGGCUGAUACAAAUAAAUCACCAAAUGUAAAGACUUGUUGUCUAGUAGCAGGACGAUUGAAUGAAUUAACUGUACUUGGUGAGGGACUGGAACGUUGUCAAAAAUCGUUAAAUAACUAUUUAGAUUCAAAAAGAAACGCUUUUCCAAGAUUCUUUUUCAUUUCUGAUGAUGAACUAUUAAGUAUACUUGGAUCAAGUGACUGUGAAUGUGUUCAAGAGCAUAUGAUCAAAAUGUUUGAUAAUAUAGCGUCAUUGAAAUUUUCCAAGCAAUCAUCAAAGCCUGGAUCCACUUACGUUGAAAUUACAGCAAUGAUUUCUAGUGAAGGUGAAAUUAUGGAAUUUCGUCAACCACAGCCUGUUACUGGCAAUGUUGAAUAUUGGAUGACUACAAUGGAAAAAGAAAUGAAGAGAAGCAAUAGACUGAUUACAAAGGAAGCUGUUUUCUAUUAUCGUUCUAGUAAAUCAAGAGUUGAAUGGAUGUUCGACUAUCAAGGUAUGGUUGUAUUAGCAACUAAUCAAAUAUGGUGGACAUGGGAAAUCGAAAAUGUUUAUCGUAAAAUAGCCAGUGGUAAUAAAAAUGCAAUGAAGGACUACUCACAAAUGUUACAACAACAAUUAAAUGAUAUUGUUCUACGUGUACGAAGUCCACUGAGCAAAAAUGACCGUAACAAGUUGACAACUGUGUUAAUAGUUGAUGUGCACGCAAGAGAUAUUGUCUCUGAUUUUGUACGGGAUAAUAUAAUGGAUGCUACUGAGUUUCAAUGGGAGUCACAAUUACGGUUUUAUUGGUCAAAAUCAGCAGAUAAUUUAAUUAUUAAACAAUGUACUGGGCAGUUUGAUUAUGGUUAUGAAUACAUGGGAUUAAAUGGUCGUCUUGUGAUUACACCUUUGACUGAUCGUAUUUAUUUGACGCUGACACAAGCACUUUCAAUGUACCUUGGUGGUGCACCUGCUGGACCAGCUGGUACUGGGAAAACAGAGACUACUAAGGAUUUAGCAAAAGCCUUAGGCCUACUUUGUGUUGUCACAAAUUGUGGUGAAGGGAUGGAUUACAAGGCUGUUGGUAAAAUACUUUCUGGUUUAUGUCAAUGUGGUGCUUGGGGCUGUUUUGAUGAAUUCAACAGAAUUGAUGCUUCUGUAUUGUCUGUAAUCUCAACACAAUUAAAAGUGAUACAAACAGCAUUAAUAAAUCAUGUUAAAGAAUUCUUGUUUGAAGGUAUCAAUAUUCAGUUGGAUUCAAGAGUUGGCGUCUUCAUUACAAUGAAUCCUGGAUAUGCUGGACGAACAGAACUACCAGAAUCUGUUAAAGCUCUCUUUAGACCAGUUGUUGUCAUUGUACCUGACUUACAGCAAAUCUGUGAAAUCAUGUUAUUUUCACAAGGAUUUUUAUCAGCCAAAGUGUUGGCUAAAAAAUGA